AUGUCUGCAGUUGCGAACGAGGUGAGCGCUGAAACGGUGAUCAAGCAAAAUGCGAUGUUUUUGCUGGAGUUGAAUUGUUCAGUUGAUGCGGACAGUAAGGACACGUCGACAUCCACUUCGGGAUGGACCAUAAAUCUGUUCCCUCAGGCUACACUCACUCCACCAACGCUGCGAUCGGCGUGUGCACAAGCUGGCAAUGGGCUCUCUUCGCAUGUUCGCCGUUUUCUUUCACUCAAUUUUCUUGAACUUUUACCGUUAUGUCGCUGA